GACUCCCAUCAUAACCUAUCCAUCUCUAAAUCAAUUAAUUUGCUUAAUCAUUUAGAACUCUUGCUCAAGCAAAACCAAACUUAAGCAAGAGCCAAACCAACUUUCUUUACUGUCUGCUUAAAAUGAGCUAAAAUGGUGCAAAGAAGAGCCAUUUCCUGUCCCUUUCAUGUCAUGUGUUUUACCAAGUCUCAGUAAUCAUCACUAACCUUCACAUUUUUACAUGUAUUUAUAUCAAAUCUUCUUCACAGAAUAUUAAAAUUACUUAAAAAAAUGUUAAAGCCUCAGUUUUUUUGUUCUAUGACCAGCUUUUUACCUUAUGGAGAUUGCUUUCUACCAACAAAGUAAAACAACUCAACACCAGCUUUUUUGUGUCCCAUUACAAAAGUUUAAAACUUUGAACAACCCAUUUUCAAAUUUGGGAUUUUGGGUCUCAAAAUCUGCGCACAACUUAUAUAACAAAGCUCAGUUUUCAUAUGGGGUUUGGUUCAAGAGAGUGCAUUUUAGUGGUAUGGUAGUGAACAACUCUGUUUUUGGUGAGGUUCUUGAAGAAGGAAUGGAGGGUUUUGUUGAGAAAAAUGGUGGUGAAGUUCAGACAUUUGGGGAUUUGAUUGAGGUUAAGGGUAGAGAGAGCAGUUCAAGUUCUGAUUUUUUGACUUCUGAGACUACUGGGCAUGAAGAACACAGCCAUAGUAGCUCUGAGGAAGAGGAAUCAUUGGGUUGGCCUGUAAAAGAAGAAGAAGAGGAGGAAGAGGAUGAAGAAGACGAAGACGAAGAAGAAGUAGAGGAUUGCAGGAGUACUAAUGGUGCCGAUGAUAGUAAAAAAAAGGUACAUUUGGAUGAUAGGAAAAUGGAAAAACAAGGGUCUUCCAUUUCAGAGGUUGAGAUGAUGAAGGAAAGGUUUGCAAAAUUGCUGCUUGGAGAGGAUAUGUCAGGCUGUGGAAAUGGGGUUUGCACUGCUCUGGCUAUUUCAAAUGCCAUUACUAAUCUAUGUGCUACCUUGUUUGGACAACUAUGGAGAUUAGAGCCUCUACCUACAGAGAAGAAAGCAAUGUGGAGAAGAGAGAUGGAAUGGUUUCUUUGUGUGAGUGACCACAUAGUGGAGUUUAUACCCUCUUGGCAGACAUUUCCCGACGGUAGCAAGCUUGAGGUCAUGACUUGCAGACCUCGGUCAGAUCUUUACAUGAAUCUCCCAGCUCUGCGCAAAUUAGAUAACAUGCUUCUCGAGAUAUUAGAAAGCUUUGACGAUACAGAGUUCUGGUAUGUCGAUCAGGGGAUCUUAGCUCCCGAGGCUGAUGGGUCAUCAUCUUUCCGAAGAAGCCUUCAUCGCCAAGAGGAGAAGUGGUGGCUACCUGUUCCUCGGGUCCCUCCUUGUGGCCUGCAUGAAGAUUCAAGAAAACAACUUCAGCAUAAACGUGAUUGCACAAACCAGAUAUUAAAAGCUGCAAUGGCAAUCAACAGCAUUGCUUUAGCCGACAUGGAAGUUCCUGAAUCAUUCUUGGAGGGUCUUCCGAAGAAUGGAAAAGCCAGCUUAGGUGAUCUCAUAUAUCGAUAUAUUUCAUCGGAUCAAUUUUCCCCAGAAUGUCUGCUUGAUUGCCUUGAUUUGUCAUCUGAACAUCAAGCUAUAGAACUUGCCAACAGAGUUGAGGCUGCAACCUACAUAUGGCGCAAAAGGACUACCUCCAAACCCGCUAAUAACACGACUAGGUCCGGUUCAAAGUCAUCAUGGGAAUUGGUCAAGGAGAUGAUGACAGAUGUAGACAAGAGGGAAUUGCUUGCAGACCGAGCAGACAGCCUUCUGCUUUGCUUGAAACAGCGGUUUCCUGGUCUUCCGCAGACAACUUUAGAUAUGAGCAAAAUUCAGUGCAACAAGGAUGUUGGGAAGUCCAUUUUGGAGAGCUACUCCAGAGUUUUAGAGAGUUUGGCAUUCAAUAUAAUAGCACGAAUUGACGAUGUGCUAUACGUUAAUGAUUUGACGAAACAUUCAGAUCAAUACUCAUCAAUCUCUAAAGUCAGCGUCAUUGCACACAAACGCGUUACAAUUCCAUACUCCGUGCCAGCCCCAAGCACUCCAUAUAAAACAGCUUACACCACACCGAGCUUUUCUCCGGGUCAAUUAGUUAGUCCUGCAAAGGGAGAAAGAUCUCCUUUCGCGACGAGCAACAAAAUCUCUCUGCAGCAUGGUAUUGGUGUGAAAAAGGUCUUAACAGAUUACCUCAGCAUUGAGACUAAAGGUAAAGCAUCGGUGUCUCGAGCUGGAGUUGAAUCUCUCGGGUGCGUAAAAGAACCAACCAGCUCCGUUGGUUCACCGGAGGAGGAUGUGGUUGGGGAGAAAUGACAGUGGAGACUGGAUUUACAAACACAUUGUUAAGUAGGAUAGCUAACAUGGUUUUUGUGCAUUCCCUUUAGGAAAAUGUUGGUAGAUUUUUGUUGCUAAAAGAUAUUUGUAAUGAUGAAAUGAGUUGAAUUGCUUCAUGUUCAUGUACUUAGGCCUUGCAAUAUAUAAAGAGCAUCGCGUUUCAACAGAAA